ACUUCGGAUACUGAGAAGACCGACUGCCGAUGAUUGUUGGUAUUGAUAUGAAUUAUAGGGAGACAUUUAUCCAUGGGAUAUUUACAUGUACUUACGUAAUUGUACACACAACAACAUGCCAUAAGUUAACAAGAAGAUGAAGUUGUGCCAGUUGAGCCCGAUAGUGACUCAUCUGUUUUCUUAAAGGUCGACGUUUCUUUGUGAUAACGGAUACUGAGUAACUGAGCAUCGCAUUCGUUCAUAUUUUACAUUGACAUCAAUAAGAUUUUGUCUGAAUUUGAGAUGACAUCCGAUAUCUCAUUGCAUUAAUAUGCUUUAUUAACUGUAAUACUUGAUGAUGAUUUGAGUCUGGUGUAUGCAAUCUUAAUCAUCUGUGAAAGUUCAGGGGCAUUUGCCUGGUUGAGAACUCAGCAUGGGUAACAAGCACUCUUGUAGCUGUAUCUACAGCCCUAAGUCAAGAAAACCCGAAGAUGCAUACCGUCCGGCAGCGACCGUGCGAAGUGAGGAGGUGGGAAUGGAACCAAAGAAUCAAAGCUUGUCUUCACUUCAUGGGGUACCUCACAUCAGUGACAGAGAGAUCCUCCCAGAAGACAAUGUUGGUGAUCCUUCUAUACACCCUCUGGCAAAACCAAUAUUUUCGUCACGGUCACAGAGCGAAAUAAACAGAAAUAACAAAAACCGAAGAAGGAGUCAAUAUGACAAUAGAAUAUUACAACUACAGACACCCCCGCCCAUGACAGUGAAAAAAUACAGCUCCUGUUCAACAAUAUUCAUUGAUGACUCCACUGUCAGCCAGCCAAACCUGAAGAACACAAUCAAAGCGGUGGCUUAUGCUAUUUAUUUUCAUAUAAAAAAUCGUGAGAGUAAUCGCACAAUUGUGAUUUUUGAUGAAAAACUACAUCCUUUGUCAAGGGAAAUAGUCCCUGAAGAUUAUGAUUCUAGAGACCCGGAACACAAGUCCAUCUACCGAUUUGUGAGAAACCUUUUUAGUGCGGCACAGUUGACCGCAGAAUGUGCAAUAGUUACCUUGGUAUAUUUGGAGCGGCUCCUCCACUAUGCUGAAAUUGGCAUAAUGCCGGCUAACUGGAAGAGGAUUGUGCUGGGAGCGAUUCUGCUUUCUUCUAAGGUGUGGGAUGAUCAGGCUGUAUGGAAUGUGGACUAUUGUCAAAUCCUCAAGGACAUAGCUGUGGAAGAUGUGAAUGAGUUGGAGAGACAGUUCCUCGAGCUGCUGCAGUUCAACAUUAAUGUACCAUCCAGUGUGUAUGCCAAAUACUACUUUGAUUUGAGAGCUCUAGCUGAUGCUAACGAAUUGAGUUUCCCACUGGAGCCCCUCAGCAAAGAAAGAGCAGAGAAACUUGAGGCAAUGUCCAAUGAUGGAACAAUAUCCAAAUUAUGGCAGAAACCAACCCUACUACGAUCAAACAGCCUUGAUGGCAUGACAACGAAUCCCAGACUCAGUGUGGCCAUCUUGUCAUGACAGCUGCAGAAUCAGGGUUAUUGGAUAAGUGAUAGGGUCAAAGUUCACUGGAUGGGGAUGCUGUUGCUUCGGACCUCAUAUCUCAAGAUCAGUUCUGUUGGCGGCAAACUGUUUAUUUCUUCACAUACAGGAAUUAUUGUGAUGAAUAUCUUUUCUGUAAAAAAUACCUCACAAUUUUUUCUUGUGGGAAUAUCUUUGAGCACCGAUGUAUUAGGAAUAACUGUUUUGAUGGAUAUUAAUUUGCAUGUUUCCCAAUUUUUUUUUUUUGUAUUUGAGUAUGAAUAUUCCGAAUUUUGAAACUAUUUGGAAAAAACUACCUGCAAUAAUGUACUUUGAUCAAAUUUUUCUUUAGGAAUGUGAAGGAUAAAUUAAUGAUAAAGUCCAGAAUUUGAAUUUUUUAAACAUUUUAAUGCACGCUAUAUUAAUAGUAUGUUUAUCAAAUUGGAAAGUUUGGAAAUUUGUUAAAUUGAAUUUUUGAAUUUAGGACAUUACUUAGUAAAUGUGCAUUUAUAUAGAACUUGGCAUAGCACACCUAGAAUAAAUUCAAGCGAUAUCGUUGAAUAAGUGGAUUGUGAUGUUUCCACUGCUGAUAACCUGUGCAUGCUUAUAUGUCAGAGUAACGACUUAGCCUUUUGUUUGUAAGAAGUUUAAGCAUAAUUAUAAAAAGCUUGCUUAGUUCGUAGCAUUGUUCAAACACCACCAUAAUCGGUGUUAAAACAACUGUCUCCCAUGUCAAUACGUAGGAUAAUGUAUGUAUGUAUACAAAAUCAUGUACAAUUCAGAAAGAAAAUGUCAUAAUCAUUUUAUAUGUGUCAUGAUACCUUUCAUAAAAGGGGUCAUUAUUAAUGUAUUGUUGAAUUUUUGUAGAAAUUGUUUUUAUAAUCACUGUCAUCCCUGUGUAAAUCAGAUUUAAAUCAUACUAAUGUGAUUUCAUUGCCCACAUUAUUCUCAUUUUUAGAAUUGAGUUUAUUUUUCAUAUUUAGGAUUCAUUUAACAAAGGCAUGCAACAGUUGAUGAUAUGUAUUAACUGAAGACUCCCAACUCAGUAUCCCUGGAUAUUUUUACCUCGGCGUUAUCUUUGCCGUUUCCAGCCCUCUGGACAUGAUCUCUGUGUACAAAACAUAAUACUGACAUCAUGAUCAAUUUUCAGAUUAGCAAAGUAUUCAAAAUAUCAAAUUUGUAGUCUGACCAAAAUUUACUGAAAAUUUGAGGUUGUCAUCUUUAAAAAAAGUUCUAAAAUUUUAAAACUUAAAAUGGAUUUUGACUAUGGACAGUUAUUUUCAAAAAAAUUGUUAUUUCACCUUUUUAAGAAUUUGAAUUGAUAGCAUGAAGUUUUUAAAUUUUGGAAUAGGAGUAGGGCCUGUUCGUUUAUGCGGAUAAACCGGUUCGUCAGUUUUUAAAUGUAAUAUUUCAAGCAUAUAUCUUGACGGA